AUGGCGGUGGACACGGCAUCGUCGCCCCCGGCGUCACGGCACUCAGAAGACUCGCCACAUGAAAAUGAUGGAGACCUCGGGGGACAAGCAUCAUCCCUUCAUCGAACAUCAUUGGCUUUACCGUUUGCGAAUAGACAACAACUCCGCUCAUCACUGAUCAAGCAUGGCACACGGGGAAAGAAUGCGACCAGUCGAAAAACCGUCUCUUUCUGCUCGCAAAGAGAUGAGAAACGCGUGAGCAACGUGAGUGACUGUUGGCAAAUCAUGCAAAACGGCACAGAAAUGGUGAAGUUGCGCGGCAACGUGCGACAGUUUAGACGCUUUUUCAGCUUAGAUGCAGAUCUUUCAUACAUUCGAUGGCAUCCCACGAACAAGAAGCCGCACAAAGCUCGAAUUUGCGUUGAUGAGAUCAGAGAGAUUCGAGUGGGAAGAAACACGGAAUUGCUUCGCGCAUCCGAAUCAGCACUCGCUGAUCUACAGGAAGAAUGCGCUUUUUCAAUAAUUUAUGGAGAAGAUUUCGCAACACUUGAUCUAGUAGCCGUGAGCGCUGAUCACGCAAAUAUUUGGGUGACUGGCCUCAUCGCACUCACACAAGCUAGACACAAUGAAAAACCUUCAAGUACAGCCUCUAUGGCCACUUUGCGUGAACGCUGGCUAGAAACUCUUUUUGAUGAAAUUGACGCAGAAAAGAGUGGAAUGGUCAAUCAUGAACUUCUUGUUCAACUUAUUAUAAAAAUUUCUUCUAGGAUGUUAGUUUCACGAAUUCGACAUAAAAUGAAAGAGAUCUUGGCAGCGAAUGGGAAUGCUGAAGUGGUUGGAGGGAAAGUCUCGAGAAACGAUUUUGUUGAACUCUAUAAAGAGAUAGCUACUAGACCUGAGAUCUAUUUUUUGAUGGUUCGAUACGCUAACAAAGAUUACCUCUCGUGUCAAGAUCUACGAUUGUUUCUAGAAACAGAGCAAGGGAUGAUGGGUGUAACUACGGACUAUUGCGAGCGUUUAAUCGAACAAUUUGAGCCAUCACCAGAGGGACGACAACGACGGCUUAUGACUGUUGAUGGAUUCACACGGUAUUUGCUUUCCCCUGAUUGCUCUGUUUUUGACCCGUCUCGUUCUCGUGUUUGGAUGGAUAUGAAACAGCCCUUUGCUCGCUAUUUCAUCGCCACAUCUAACCGAGCUUAUUUGGUCGAAGAUCAAGCAGGUCCAGCCAGUGCUGACGGGUACGCAAGUGCUCUCAAAAGAGGGUGUCGCGUGCUGGAUGUAGACAUAUGGGAUCCUGUAGAAGAGAUGGAGGAAAGAGAACCGCAUGUAGCCGUGUCAGCUCUUUCGCCGAAUCGGAUUCCUCUACCCGACACUCUUCGCACCAUUCGUGAAUGCGCCUUUGAAAUCACCCGCUAUCCCCUUUUUCUUCGUCUUUCUUUACAUUGCUCUGUGGAAUGGCAGAAAUUCGCUGUUUCUCAAGUGACACAGAUCUUGAAUCCAUAUUUGUAUGAUCCACGAGACGAAUACUCACAAUGGGAUCUUCAAAAAUGCGAACCAUCACCCUGGGAUUUUCUCAACAAAAUCAUUAUCAUUGGAAAAAAACUAAAUGGGAACGAAGCUGAAGGAGAAGUGACAGAUGAUGAUGAGAAUUUGCCAACUUUAUCUAGAGGAAGGAAAAGGGUUGUCACUUUGUGUCGAGAGGCGUCUGAUCUGAUCGCCCCAUUCUCUCACCAAAAACAUAUUGGCGAUCUUCUUUCAACAGCGCCUAAUUCGCACACAUUGAAAAAACGGGAACACCAACCUUGUCUAAAUGAGGCAACGGCUUUACGCUUAAUGCACACUUAUCAACCCGAAUUCAUGCAAGCAACUCGAGAUUAUGCAAUUCGAGUCAUUCCAAACACGAAUCGAGUCGACUCAUCGAAUCUAAACCCUCAAGAGUUUUGGAAUUGCGGUGUACAGAUGGUGGCACUCAACUACCAGACACCUGGGCUCAUGAUGGAUUUACAAGAGGGAAAGUUUUCGGAGAAUGGCGGUUGCGGAUAUGUGCUAAAACCAUCGUGUAUGUUGGAUGAACUCUUUGUGCCUGGCGACAAAUUACCAACUCAACCACAGGUUGUGCAUUUGAGAAUCGUUUCCGGUCAACAAUUGCCGCGUCCACGAGGCUCCACCGCUAAGGGUGACUCCGCGGAUCCAUUCGUUGUUGUCGAGAUGUUUGGGGUUCCGUCCGAUUGUGCAGAGGAAAGAACGAGAACAAUUAAAAAUGACAGCGUGAAUCCUUGUUGGGACGAGUCAUUUCAAUUUCAAGUGAGCGUUCCGGAAGUGGCACUUGUUCGAUUUCUCGUGCUUGACGAUGAUUUUAUCGGUGAUGAUUUUAUUGGCCAAUACACGCUUCCUUUUGACUGCUUGCAAGCGGGUUAUCGACACAUUCAUCUGCGAAACAAUGAGGGUGAUCCACUCGAGAAUGCGACUCUUUUUGUGCAUAUUGCUGUGACGAAUCGACGAGGUGGAGGAAAAGCAAAACGACGCGGAAUGAGUGUGAAAAGGAAAGCACAACGAGCACAAACGGGAAUAAAACUCGUUGGGAUUAAGUCUGUGGAUGAUCAGUUUAAAGAAGCGGUGACCCCGUUGACCGAGAGCAUUGAUAUGAGGACGAAGCUUGAGGAAGCAAUGGUCGAGUGGCAAGAAGAGUGCGGCUUGGGGCCAGCGGGAACGAUUCGACAAGGGAUUCGACUCCUUCAUUCACGGAUUGCAUCUUUUGGCUCGGGAUCUCCACCCACAACUCCGGCAGUCGAUGCGGAAAGCCGAACCUCGACAGAAUCGCCGAUCGUCUUCCACGUGGACGCUGAUGAAAAAGGGUAUCCAUUGAUUGUGAUCACUGGCCAGCUACCCGAACAACUCAGCCGACCGAUCGAGCGCCUUUGUGCACUUCUCACGAUUUGUGGAGAAAUUCUUACAAACGCUGACUCACUUCUUUUAAAGAUCGAAGACUCAAUUCGACGGAUACAGGACAGCCAUGACGAUUUGGAGCGAUUAGCGGCAGAGGCCGGACUUCGCGGGCUCAAAGCGACUCGGGCUAACGAAAAUUUUACUUGGAAUCUACGAUUGCUCAAAGCUCAAUUGGGGUUAAUGGGGAAGAGUCAAGAUGAGGCGAGAGGAGUCGCGAGACAGGUGUUCGAGACGGGAGCUGUGCUAGGCGUGUUGGCGCCUCGUCUCCAAUCGGGUCGACGUUUCUCCACUCUCGUCCCAAAUCCACACGAUGUCUCACUC